AUGGAAGUUAAUCCGAAAAAAUGUAAGCUUAUAACGUUCACUAGAAGCAGAGUUGAGAUCGCACAUCUUUACACAGCUGAUAACACGGUACUUCAGAAAGUUGAAUCCAUUCGGGAUUUGGGUGUGAUUGUGGAUAAGUCUCUAAAUUUCAAGGAACAUCUUGCUGUAACCAUAACGAAGGUUAAAACAGUGCUGGGUUUUCGGGUAAGAAACACCAAAGGAUUCGCCGAUAUCACCACUCUGAAGGCAUUGUACUGCUCGCUCGUCCGCUGUGGUUUGGAGUACAACAUACAAGUAUGCACCAAACUCAAUCGGCGGUAUGAAACUUCUCGAAUUCAGUCCCUAAUCUACCAUGGAAUGAACCUCAGAGACUUCCACCUUACCAUGACCGAUGUGGGAUCCUGA